AGCGGAGGAGGCGUCCUGGCUUCCGGGCGGCUGUCGGCCGGCUGGGGCGCCGCGGCCGCGCUCUCUUAGGUGGUGGGCGGGGAGGCCAGGGGAGAAAGGAAGGGGGGCGGGCUCGGGGCGGUGGCGGAGGAGGAACUUGUUGCACCCGCGGCUGCGCGCUGCUGCUCGCUCCACUCCAGUUCGCCCGGGCGGGCGCGGCGGCGGUGGCGGCGACGACGGAGGCGGCCGCGGCGCGGGACUGGGACCGGGGCGAUGCGGCGCUACCUGCGCGUCGUGGUGCUGUGUCUGGCCUGCGGCUUCUGCUCGCUGCUCUACGCCUUCAGCCAGCUCGCAGUGUCCCUGGAGGAAGGAGCGGGCGGCGGUGGCUGGAAGCCGCAGGCCGCAGCGGCUUCCUGGCUCGCGGACGGCGGACGGGGUGUCGGGAGAGGGGCGGGCAGCGCGGGCCCCGCGGCGCGUCCCGGCCGGUCGGACAGGUGUAAAGAUUUCUCUCUGUGUUACUGGAAUCCCUAUUGGAUGCUGCCCUCUGAUGUUUGUGGAAUGAACUGCUUUUGGGAAGCGACUUUUAGGUACAGUCUGAAAAUAGAGCCUCCUGAGAAAAUGCAUCUUGCUGUAGUGGCCUGUGGUGAAAGACUGGAAGAAACUCUAACCAUGCUGAAGUCAGCUAUCAUUUUCAGCAUCAAACCUCUUCAGUUCCAUAUUUUUGCUGAGGACCAACUACAUGAUAGCUUUAAAGACAGACUUGACAGUUGGUCAUUUCUACAAACAUUUAAUUACACUUUAUACCCCAUUACCUUUCCAAGUGAGAAUGCAGCGGAGUGGAAAAAACUCUUUAAACCAUGUGCUUCUCAGAGGUUAUUCUUACCAUUAAUCCUGAAAGAAGUUGAUUCGCUACUGUAUGUUGACACUGAUAUCCUUUUUUUACGACCAGUUGAUGAUAUUUGGUCUUUACUAAAGAAAUUCAAUUCCACACAAAUUGCUGCAAUGGCCCCAGAACAUGAGGAGCCUCGAAUUGGAUGGUACAAUCGCUUUGCCAGGCAUCCAUACUAUGGGAAGACUGGAGUGAACUCUGGAGUAAUGCUGAUGAACAUGACGCGGAUGAGAAGGAAGUACUUCAAGAAUGAUAUGACAACUGUACACCUAAAAUGGGGAGAUAUACUUAUGCCAUUGCUUAAAAAAUACAAAUUAAACAUCACGUGGGGUGAUCAAGAUCUACUGAAUAUUAUGUUUUUUCAUAAUCCAGAAAGCCUUUUUGUUUUUCCGUGUCAAUGGAAUUAUCGACCAGAUCAUUGUAUAUAUGGAAGCAAUUGCCAAGAAGCAGAAGAUGAAGGAAUCUUUAUUCUUCACGGGAACAGAGGUGUUUACCAUGAUGAUAAGCAGCCGGCAUUUAGAGCUGUUUAUGAAGCACUGAGAAAUUGUUCUUUUGAAGAUAACAACAUUCGUUCCUUAUUAAAACCUUUAGAACUGGAACUACAAAAGACAGUGCAUACAUACUGUGGAAAAAUUUACAAAAUAUUCAUCAAGCAACUAAUGAAAAGCAUUCAAGAUCGUUAUGACAGACCACCAAAGGAAAGGUGAUUCUUGGUGACUGCUAAGUUAAAUGGAUGCAAACAACAAAGUGGCAGAAGAUAAGUGUGAAGGAAUAGUCUUGAAUGAAGUGUUUAGGAAGGAAUUACUCAUUUCCAGAGUAAUUUUUUUCCUGAAGAAAUGAGCAGUGUACUCAUGUAAUGAAGAAUAAGUUAAAAUUUUGGGCUCCAAUGAUAGACUUUUUUGAUCUCUGAUGUUUCAUAACAUUACUUGCUGUCAUUCCAGUGUUGAUGAAAAUAUUAUAGUGUAGCCUGCACAGUUCUGCUGGCUCCUACUCUCAAGUGAGUAAGAAUGGUAGGGGUGUAUGGAUGGAAAACGUACCUCAUACACAGGGUGGACACUCAAGCUGUGAGUAUAGCAAUAAUUUUAUGUCAGCACUAACCUCACUUUAAACAUGUGAGAAAAAAAUUGUUUACAGGGACAGAAAAGGUUCUGUUUCUCAAGAAAUGUGAUGUAACCAAUGUAACCAUUGACAAUCUAUGUACCUUUAUACAUUUCAUCUCCGAUCUACAAUAUUUUUGUGACAAUCGUGUUGAAAAUUAUUUUUAGACUAUAACUAAGCUGCACAAAAAAUUGAGCUGUAUAAGAAAGAAGAAAAAUAGUGAAAACUCUGAGGCAUUAUUCUGUGUGUGUGCAUGUGUGUGUGGUGUGUGUGCGUGAAAGGGGGAAAUAAAGUGUUUUUGUUUUGUAUGUAUUAUUAAACUGUCUUGCCAAAA